UGCGGGCGGGAGACUCGGUGGCGGCGGCGGCGCGCGGACCCAGCUCGGCCCCUCCCGGUCACCCUCGCCCCAAAUCUUCCGGAGUGUGUGUGAGUGUGUGUGCGUGUUUUCUUAAAAGGGCAUUUUACGAUUGAUUGAUUGGCAGUCUUCCCCCUUUGCCCUUUGUGCCGUAACCCGGCUCCUGCCAACCCAGGUGCUUCUCCCUUCCCACGCCGGCUUCUCCGCGGGCGCGGGUCGUCGGUUUGUGCCUUCGGAUCAUCGCUUCGCCCUCUGCAGCUCCCUACGCGUCCCGUGCUGCCCGCGGCUUCCCCGCUCUGCUCUGCCCGCCAGCCGCCCCGCCGCCCGCCAUGGCGACCGCGACCCCCGUGCCGCCGCGGUCGGGUAGCCGCACCGGCGGCCCCGCUACGCCGCUGAGCCCCACGCGGCUGUCGCGGCUGCAGGAGAAGGAGGAGCUGCGCGAGCUCAACGACCGCCUGGCCGUGUACAUCGACAAGGUGCGCAGCCUGGAGACAGAGAACAGCGCGCUGCAGCUGCAGGUGACGGAGCGUGAGGAGGUGCGCGGACGCGAGCUCACCGGCCUCAAGGCGCUCUACGAGACCGAGCUGGCGGACGCGCGACGCGCGCUCGACGACACGGCCCGCGAGCGCGCCAAGCUGCAGAUCGAGCUGGGCAAGUUCAAAGCCGAGCACGACCAGCUGCUCCUCAAUUAUGCUAAGAAGGAAUCGGAUCUUAAUGGAGCCCAGAUCAAACUUCGAGAAUAUGAAGCAGCAUUGAAUUCUAAAGAUGCAGCUCUGGCCACUGCACUUGGUGACAAAAAAAGUUUAGAGGCAGAUUUGGAGGAUCUGAAGGAUCAGAUUGCCCAGUUGGAAGCCUCCUUAGCUGCUGCCAAGAAACAGUUAGCAGAUGAAACUUUACUUAAAGUGGAUUUAGAGAAUCGCUGUCAGAGCCUUACUGAGGACCUGGAGUUUCGUAAAAACAUGUAUGAGGAGGAGAUUAACGAGACCAGGAGGAAGCAUGAAACUCGCUUGGUGGAGGUGGAUUCUGGACGUCAGAUUGAGUAUGAGUACAAGCUGGCUCAGGCCCUUCACGAGAUGCGAGAGCAACACGAUGCCCAAGUGAAGCUGUACAAGGAGGAGCUGGAGCAGACUUACCAUGCCAAACUGGAGAAUGCCAGACUGUCCUCAGAGAUGAAUACUUCUACUGUCAACAGUGCCAGGGAAGAGCUGAUGGAAAGUCGUAUGAGAAUUGAGAGCCUUUCGUCUCAGCUUUCCAAUCUACAGAAAGAGUCUAGAGCAUGUUUGGAGAGGAUUCAAGAGUUGGAGGACUUGCUCGCUAAAGAAAGAGACAACUCUAGGCGCAUGCUGUCUGACAAAGAGCGAGAGAUGGCGGAAAUAAGGGAUCAGAUGCAGCAACAGCUCAAUGAUUAUGAACAACUUCUUGAUGUAAAGUUAGCCCUGGACAUGGAAAUCAGUGCUUAUAGGAAGCUCUUAGAGGGCGAAGAGGAGAGAUUGAAGCUCUCUCCAAGCCCUUCUUCUCGUGUGACAGUGUCCCGAGCAUCCUCAAGUAGGAGCGUGCGCACGACCAGAGGGAAGCGGAAGAGAGUUGACGUAGAAGAGUCCGAGGCGAGCAGUAGCGUCAGCAUCUCUCAUUCCGCCUCGGCCACUGGCAAUGUCUGCAUCGAAGAGAUCGAUGUUGAUGGGAAAUUUAUCCGCUUGAAGAACACUUCUGAACAGGAUCAGCCAAUGGGAGGCUGGGAAAUGAUCAGAAAAAUUGGAGACACAUCAGUCAGUUAUAAAUAUACCUCAAGAUAUGUGCUGAAGGCAGGCCAGACUGUUACAAUUUGGGCUGCAAAUGCUGGCGUCACAGCCAGUCCUCCCACUGACCUCAUCUGGAAGAACCAGAACUCUUGGGGCACUGGUGAAGAUGUGAAGGUGAUAUUGAAAAAUUCUCAGGGAGAGGAGGUUGCUCAAAGAAGUACAGUCUUUAAAACAACCAUACCUGAAGAAGAGGAGGAGGAGGAAGCGGCACCUGAAGUGGUUGUUGAGGAAGAGAUUUUCCACCAGCAGGGAACCCCAAGAGCAUCCAAUAGAAGCUGUGCAAUUAUGUAAACUUCUCAAGUCAACGGUCUUCCUCAACACAAAGAAAUACGGUAAUCCUUACCAACAUGCAGUGCAGAGCCUUCUCAGAAGCACAGAAUAUUUUUAUAUUUCCUUUAUGUGAAUUUUUAAGCUGCGAAUCUGAUGGCCUUAAUUUCCUUUUUUGACACUGAAAAAGUUUUGUAAAAGAAACCAUAUCCAUACACUUUGUUGCAAGAUGUGAAUUAUUGACACUGAACUAACUGUGUACUGUUUGGAAAGGCUUCCUCAAAUUUUUUGA